CACUCCUCUGCCUCGUCAGUUUGACUGUGACUUACUUGGUGUGCUUGUCUGGAUUCUGAUGACUGAACAGCAAAUGAAGUGCAGGAUAAAAGUAAUACUACAACAUUUCCCAGUGCAUGUCUAAGCUCUCUAACCAGGCAGAGCUCAAAACCACCCUCUGCUGGCAAAAAGGGGCAAAGAAAACAUCUGAGGAUCCUGGAGGAUUACACUGUAUAUGCUGCAUGUAAUCCCUCUAUGUAUUGAAAGGGCUCUGGCAUUUUCUGUGAGAGUGGGUAUCCAUUUGAUAAAUUCUUCACCGCUCCUACUACUGAAAGCAUAUCAUCAAAGAUGACUUUGUAGCUACUGAGUGCACACAGAAUAGAAGAAAAGCAACAUCAGGCAUGGAGGCUUUAAAUUCUUCCAGUAGAGUGACUUCAGCUUCACCCCCCACCUCCACUACUCCCUCAUGUUCAUGCUACCUGCAGUUCUUCUGUGAAUACCAGGACAAAUCUGUCAUUGAAAAGCAUUACAACUACACUGAGAAGCUGAGCAACCGUGAUAGGCUCAAACCUGAAAGCAUUGCCUUACUGGUGGUGUGUGUCCUCAUCAUCCUGGAGAACACUGUGGUUCUGCUUGCCAUUUGGAGGAAUAAAAAGUUCCACCUGCCCAUGUAUUACCUGCUGGGAAACCUGACUCUGUCAGACUUGCUGGCUGGUAUUGCCUACAUGGUCAAUAUCCUCCUAUCGGGAAAAAAUACUUUAAAACUGACACCAGUGAUGUGGUUCCUCCGGGAGGGAGGGGUCUUUAUCACUCUGGCUGCCUCUAUAAUUAGUCUACUAGCCAUUGCGAUUGAACGCCAUGUCACUAUGGUGACCAUGAGGCCGUAUCAUGGGGCAAAGCGGGGACGCAUGUUGGCACUAAUUGGUGCGAGCUGGGCCGUGGCAGGGUUUUUGGGAAUCCUCCCAAUAUUGGGAUGGAACUGCAUCCGCAGACUGGACCAGUGUUCAACAGUGCUCCCGCUUUAUGCCAAAAGCUACAUUCUGUGCUGUGUGUCUGUUUUCAGCGCUGUGCUCUUGGCCAUCGUGGUGCUUUAUGUGCGUGUUUUCCGCAUCGUCCGCACCAACACACAGCGCCAGCGGCUCGGCUUGUCAGGCAGCAUAAGGAAGGGCUUAGCCAGGAAGUCAGAGAAGUACAUUGCUCUCCUCAAGACAGUCACCAUUGUCUUGGGAGUCUUCAUCGCUUGUUGGCUGCCCCUUUUCAUUCUCCUCCUGAUAGAUUUUUCCUGCCCCAUCCGUGGAUGCUCUGUGCUCUACAAGGCUGAGUACUUCCUGGGAGUAGCUAUUAUCAACUCGCUCCUCAACCCCAUCAUCUACACACUGACCAGUAAGGACAUGAGGAGGGCCAUUCUGAGGCUCCUCUGUCGGCCGUGUCUAAUGACGUCGGAUGGGCAGGUGAAGAAGAUUGGGAUGCCAUUCCUGGAGUGCAGUUUCAGUAAAACUGAGGUGGCCUCCCAGAAGUUAGAACCGGGUCUGGAGACCACCAUUUCGUCUGGAAAUGUCAUCACCACUCCAUCUACAAUUAAAGCCCUAUACCCCAAACUUUUCAAGUCAUAAAGACUUUGACUGACUGUGUCCAAAAUGUGUAAAUGGGUUUCCCGCUCAAUAGAGGAUAUGUAGCACAUACACUAUUGAGAAACAGUUCUGUGGUUUUUUUUUUCAAAGAGACAAAGAAAGGGGGGCGUAUGAAAGACGAUGACUCACCUUUGACAGUGUGGCGCAGUUAUGGCAAUAUAACUGAAUCACCGAAUUUCAUUUUGAUGAAGCAUACCAAACCAGAGAGCAAAGGAUGUAUUUCAAAUGUGAACACGCAAUGGUUUUUAUGUAUAUGAUGCUAGCAAUAUGUCUCCUUUAUUAAUUUGCACUGACAUAUGCAACCUUGGACUCAAUUAUUUUCCUGGGCUUCUGUAUUUUGUGUGAAGCUUAGAAGGAUGCUUCUGUAAACUCAAAGAGUGAAAGACUGAAAACUAUGUACUUGCUGGAAUAAUAUGGAGGCUAACGUUUCUCCUCUUGCAGUUUCUUAAGUGCCUUAAAGUCAGAAUUAAAACUCCUAACAGUUACAGUGUGUAAUCUGCAGACACCUGGAUUUCGCUGGUUCGAAGACUGAUCGUGUGCUAGAUUUGCACGCGUAGAUGUUUGGUUACACAUAUCUGUGUAUGUGAUGCAAAGGAAUUAAGUUGACAGGAAAGAGGUGGCACCCUUCUUGAAAUUACUGAAUGCUGAAUGCAAAUAAAGUAUGUGGGAGAGGAGGUGCGGAAUUAAAACCCCCUGACAGUUUUGAAAUGACAGAUGGUUAACCUAUCUGCGGUAGACGUGGAAAGUUGUUGGGGUCGUGUCCAGUUUUUUUGAAAUGUCAGCCUGACAUCUGCAGUAAAAACUGCUGCAUUUACAAAAUGUCAGCAUACUUAGCAUGGGAUUAACUGAAAGAUAAUGUUACAAGUAAUGUUUACUUUCCACUGGCUGACAGCUUAACUCCAACUGAAACCAAAUCAGCUGCAGUUGCAUCAUGUCAAGGCUUUACAUUGCAGCUUGUGAAGAAGACAACCUUAGGAAAACGUUCAUUCAGCUGCAUCACAAUUUUUAUGGAUUAAAAUAUUUCUGCCUUUGUAAGUUACAGAUCAUUCUAAUCUGGUAUAAAUUUACCGAGCAAUUGUUUCAGUGCUUCCUUUCAUCGUUCAUCAAGUUAACAGAACAUUUCAGUUAAAGGUACUGAAUGAUUUUUUUUCUUACGUCAUUCAAGACUUUAAUUGAUUAAAUGAGGUUGUGGGUUUUUUGUACUAAAAUGUAUGUAGUGAACUUGAUGUAUUUGUGAGCAUAUUUUAUAUAUCUCUAUUGUAAAUUAUAUAUAUAUUUUGUAACAAGAAAACGUUAGCAAAAUUUGUGUUUCUUUUCA